AUGGAACCUCCUCCAGAGAAGGAAGAAAGCUUUCUGAGUCAGUUGAAGUACUACACCACCCUCACGCUCGGCACCACGGCCUGCGUCUCUUCCUUCGUGUUCAUGUUCAUGAUCCCGUGGGUGCUCGAUCCUUCCAUCUCGACUCUCAUGGCGAACUUCGAUCCUGACCCUGUAGUGUGCAAGACCGUCCGCUCGGACCACGAGAUGGGCACCAAGAACUGCACGUGGUCGUCCUGCAAGCACGGCUGCACCAGGGACAUCUUCGAGUGUGACCAGAUCUACGUCAACUAUAUGCUGGUGCCCAUGGCUGACUUCGAGGGCCAGGACAUUGACGACGACGACGAGCUGUGGGUGGGGCGCGGCCUGCCCAUCUUCAUCAACAUCAAGGCGUGCGGCUACCCCCCCGCCACCAACUGCACCGUCUUCAGCUACAACUACGCGCCCGAGGGAUCCAUCUUCCCCUGCUACUACUCCCGCGCCGACCCAGACCUGGUCAUCACCAACUACGACUGGAACAAGGAGGUGCAGUACAUCAUCAUGGCGCUGCUCAUCCCCAACAUGCUUUGCGGCAUCUCCCUGGGCGUCGUCAGUUACUGGUGGUACCCGGGCUGCCAAAAGCGGCGCUGCCAGUACCAGCUGCCCCCGGACCAGGAGGACGCCUCGUGCAAUAUGGAGAACGAGGACGACGACGACGACGACCUGGAUGAGGAGGACUGCGAGGCCGGGAGGGACCUGAGCAGGGAGGACAACGAGAUGAUGGACAAGAAGAACAGGAGCCACGAGGAAGAGAAGGACCGCGACACCUCCAUCAACAUGCCGGAAGAGAAGGUGUGACUACUGGACGGCGGGGCUCUUGGUCAGGAGGGAGGGUGAGCAAGGCGCGGUAGCCGGACAGUCACCACCAUCACCACCACCGCCGUCGCCGCCGCCGCCACAUCCCAGCUCCCUAAACGGCGUGUUUACUUCGCCUUGCUCCACCAUCAGGCAAUGCAGCUCGCUCUUCCUGUCGUUCUCAAGAAGCUCCCGUUUAGUAACAUCUCUUCAGCAUCCAUUCAAGGAAAUACGAACACAUCAAGCCUUUUUUUAUUAUUUUUCAGCCGUCAGCACCGUCUGUUUCUUCCCCCGUGUCGUUAUCUUCAUUCGGGGAAACUGUCUCGUGAUUAGCGCUGACUGCCGCUACGUGUGUCCUGUCGGUGAUCAGUGACGACAGCGGCCGCUAGAUGGCAGCUCAGUGUUGUGUUUGAUGAAAGCUCCUGUUGUUUCAAUAUAUUAUACUCGUUACAUAUAUGAUACAUUAUAACAUCUACUAGUUCUUGUUCUGUACACACAUAUUCGAAUACUUCACCAAACCAAGCACCUCUUCUGCUGGUGACCGUGACACUUCGUUAAUUCCUUCAUCACUGGUCUAGUCAUAGUUGAUGAUCCAGUAACAUCCCACACACCCACUGUAUUGACCGCCCUCAGUCUCACGUCCUCUGAUCUGCUAAGAAUCUGUCAGGUUUUGUAAGGAGAUUGUCAGCGGAUAGAAGGACUUUAGACCGGACGCGAAACACAAUGGAAGUGAGUCUGUGUUACUACAUAGAUGUCAUGGCUACGACCUCACACUUCGCUACCUGUUAUGUUAGUCUACGUCACUGCCGCUCUCCAGCCAUAGAAUGUAAACAAGACUGAUUCUCACGAGUAAAGGGUGACACCGAGACAGAAAUAGAAACAUCCAAUCACUAUUUCAUAAUCGCACGAGACACAAUCACAUGUUAGCCUUGUAAUCGCCACCAUUUUUCCCUCUGGCCUCGAGUCCCACGUUACCAGGGAACACAACAGGAGUUCGCACCUAUUGCUGAAUCUUUUACAAUCAAUCAGUCAGUCAGUCAGUCGCUCGGAGUCCCGCGUCCCCACCUCCUGACGACUCAGAUGCAUGUGGCAGUAGACUUUGGAAACCUUCAGUAUUUGUUAGAUAGACGAGUGUGGCCAGAAGUUGCUGAACAGUAUUCACUCCUAUAGCUCUGUUAUGUUAGCUCCCUACUGUCCGUCAGCUUGUGGCCGCCUCACUAUACAUAUGUUUCGUGGCACCAGAGGAUUUCAUAGCAUAUAUCGAAGCGCUAUUGUUUCCCCCUCUUGGUCUCGACUCAAGCGGGAAAAUUAUAACACUAGGAAUUACUUUUGAUUUGAUAAUGUAACUGGUUAUAUUUCUAGAAGCAAGUAUAAGCCGAGUCUAUGCAGCUGUAAGGGUUAGACAUCACAUCAACUGCUCUCGCUUGACCCUCAUGUAUAUAGGACACAGGAACCGAGUAUAACACUGUCCUCCUCCAGCAGGCACGUCACGGCACACACGCCUCUCGGGUUCCCACUCACACCACUCUGCUUGUAUUUAGUGACCACUUGUAGAUAAGGGAGUCCAAGGGCGCCUUCCCUCCGUCAAGGGCCACAGGGUCUGCUCAGUUGCUUGAUAUAACGCGGCUUUAAAGGAUGGGAAAGCUCUGUUUACGCCCCAAUCAAGUCACUCGCUUCACCGCCCGCGUGGACUCAAGUACCCAGAUAAGCACGACCCCGUAGAGGACUUGGUCAGGAGACUGUGUAAGGUGUAGCUCUUCAUUUUCCUGAUUUUUCGUUUUCUGACUUUUCUGUGAUGCUGCACGAACUCCCUCUCAGCAGACGAGGCAGUGUGGCGGGGUGCUUUGCUGUGGACUCGUGGCUGUGUUGUGAGGCACGCGAGCGACUGCAUCACCUCACGCCUCCUCAACACAAUCCUAGUGAUCUGAUGCACGAGGCGGGGCUCUCGAUCGUGUGUAAGUUAAGGUGACCUUGGUAAACCGUGUGCAACUCCACAAGCAUCAGAAAGGAGAGCUGUUGUAAGAAGAAUAAUGUGGAUUCUGCCGCAUCCUGGUCCACGUGCUACUGCAGGAAUCGGAAGGCACCGCGUCACGACCAGUUGAAGACGAUGGUUUGCGUCACGUCACUUCGAAUCGACUACAGGCAUUCAUUAUUGUUGAAAAAUUGUGUUGUAAUUUUCGUGAUGACUUGCUUAGGUAUAUAAAGGUACAAAAUCUCUACACAAUUGAAGGAUGUAAUGGAAAAUCACUCUAGGGAAACUAUUGUAUUGUUUGAGUGGUUCAGAGUUGUGUCACCGGAGUCGUGGUUCCCAGCGGGGUCUUGUCCCCACCCCUCCCCUCCGUCUGGCACACACUCAUCUGUCACCUGUCAGCAGGAUUGGUCCUGCAAACCUUAUAGAAACUAUUCCUUCCACCUACUCAUGUCACACGUCAUGCAGUGUUGUUUGCCUUUAAAAUUACGUGCAAGUGAAAGCCUCAGACACGUUCAGCUCUCUCUCUCUCUCUCUCUCUCUCUCUCUCUCUCUCUCUCUCUCUCUCUCUCUCUCUCUCUCUCUCUCUCUCUCUCUCUCUCUCUCUCUCUCUCUCUCUCUCUCUCUCUCUCUCUCUCUCUCUCUCUCUCUCUCUCUCUCUCUCUCUCUUCCAAAGACUGGCUUUGGCUUUGCCUAAACAAGUCCCGCCACGGAGCCCCGCCAGGGAACCACUCUACCAGAGGCUCGUGACGCAUCGCGGGGCGCCGCCCUCCACAUCUGGUUCUUAAUAGCCACAAAACGAAGUAUUUUGCACUACUGAUUUACACAAUAUUAUAUUCUACUCUUAGGCCAUUAUUGAUUUCGUAAUUUAACAUGUAUAUUUAUUCUUUUGAAAAGAUAUAUAUAUAUAUAUAUAUAUAUAUAUAUAUAUAUAUAUAUAUAUAUAUAUAUAUAUAUAUAUAUAUAUAUAUAUAUAUAUAUAUAUAUACACACACACACACACACACUAUACACACACACACACACACACAAACACACAUGAAGGGAAGGGCACAAAUUCUGUGUGAAGGUGGUGGCGAUACAGAAGGGCAAGCAGGCCGCGGCCCCGUGCCCCGGGACACGCCCACUGCCGGGUGCCAUCACAUUGGCUGCGCCCCGCCGGGUGCUCGGCGGCUGGCGGGGCGGGGCGCUGUCCGGGAUGUGGAAGCGCGGAGCGCGGAGUCAGGCUUUGGUGUCUGGUUUGUUGUUUUGUAAAUUUAUAUAACUCAUCUCCCGGUCUGGCUUGAGAUCCCAAACUGGCCCCUGUUUUGUGAGAGCAGUAACACUCUUCACUCUUCACCACACAGCCACCGGCGGUUGGUUUGUCAAGUUUGUGCUUUCAGCAGACUAGUGCUGUGGUCCCUUACAUUCACUGUAUUCAACAACGCUCACAGCUGUCUGAACAUAACAUAUUAUAUACAUGAUACAUUUUUGGAGGCGUGCAUGUCCGCAGUAUACACGAUAACGCUAUGGUGAACUAUCCUGCAGAUAAUGUUGUUAAGGCCCAUCCUGUAAUCCAAUAUUGACAAGAAGCAAACAGUAUAUCUUUACCUGGUGCUAUCAUUUCCGUGAGGACUGACACCAAAUUUAUGAACUGUUGUUGUAAAUCGGAACAAUUUGUUGUACAUUGAACAUGUGUUACAGGUUUUAUCUGUCCAGUGUUUACACAUUAUCACAUAUUCUUCUAAUGUAUAUCAUUGAUGCAUUGCAUUCUACUUAUCAGAUUUCCCUCAAAGAUAGAUUAUAUGAUAUAUUAUAGCCGCCAGGAUGUGUUGUUUUGUUUUUGACGAUUUCAAUAUAUUAUAUAUUUAUUACUUACUUAUUUCAAAUACAUCUGCACAAUAUUUGUGCUUGUUAAUGCUUGAAUUUCUACACAAAGUUUGCAAUAAAUAUUGCUCAAA